CUGGCUGCAGGUGAAUCACCAAGAGGCCAGCUCAGAAUAAUAUAUUAAACCUGUUUCAAAUGUUUGCCAGCAUGUGGAUUUUCAUUUUGUUCUUCGUCAAUGUGAAGGUGGGUGGAGAGGCAGGUGAUGUUGGAACAGUUACAGUGAUGGAGGGUGGUGUCCUGAGCCUACCUUCAGGAGUUACUGAUCUAGAGGAACACACUCAAGUACUGUGGUCCUUUAAAAGUGCCAGUCUAAACACUCGUGUUGCCCAGCUGUAUCAUGGGAACAUUUACACCAAUUAUCAUGAGAGAUUCAGCGGUAGAGCACAGCUGGACCAACAGACUGGAAGUCUAACCAUCUCAGACAUCAGGAUGGAUGAAUCUGGAGUUUAUGAUGUAUUCAUUAUUAUGAACAGACACAUCUCAGAGAGGAAGUACAAAGUUGAUGUAUAUGCACCCAUCAUUGUACCUACCCCCAGGAGCAGUUCAUUGAUUAGUGUGCACCAAUUAAAAGAUGUGGUUAAUGGUAAAUGGGAUGAGUUAAAGAUUGUGAUGGAGGGAGAAGGUCUGACCCUGCAAACAAAAGAUCUAAAUAGUAAACUAAAGAGUCUUGAUGAAGCAAUGUGGCAGUUUGGAAGUGAAGAACGAACCAUCCGUAUUGCACAGGUGUAUCAAGGGUCUGCACCCUUUUAUGAGGAGAAACUCACUGACAGACUGCACCUGGACAAACAGACUGGAUCCCUGACCAUUUGGAACAUCAGCACCAGCGAGUCUGGACUUUAUGUCAUGUCUCUCACUAUCAGUGGACAUAUAUCAGAGAAGAGGUUCAGAGUUGAUGUUUACGUACCCGUUUCUAUUCCUGCCAUCAAGAGGAGAUUAUUGGAUGGUGCAAACCAAACUCAGAGUACAUCACAUGAGAUGGAGGAAUUCUGCUCUAUGAUCUGCUCUGUUAGAAAUGAUCAAGACGUGUUCAUCUCGUGGUAUAAAGGUGGUGAAAUGUUGAAUCAGACCAGAAGUUCAGAUCUCAGCAUCAACCUCAGUCUACCGUUACACCUCCAUUAUAAUGAUACAGAGAACUACAGCUGCACAGCUGCAAAUCCAGUCAGCAAUAAGACCAUCUACCUUCAAAUGAACGACUUCUGCACACAAUAUGAAGAUUGUCAACAGUAUUGUGGUGAUGUUGAGGUUGUGGUUCGGUUGGUUCUGUCUGGUCUGGUGGGAAUUGCCUCUGUUGUCUUUCUGGUUGAGCAUGUGAGGUUCCGGGGAAGAGUUCCAUCUUCUGUGACCUCAUAAUACUAAAGAUCCUUUCCAGGUUUCCAGCAUUUGGACAAACAGGUGGUGCAAACGAUUACCUUACAAAAUAUAAUUGACAGCUUUAAAAUAUUUUUAAUUGUAACAAAUCAUUCAUAUAGGUUUUUAAUUUUUAGAUUUAUAUAAAUGUAUAUAUUUAUAUGUACCAGAAAUAUUUGAGUCAUUCAUCCAUUUGUCAAUAAGUCAUUGUCAUUGUUGUGUGUAGCUUUAAAAUCUCAAAUUGUGUAUCACAUGAGCAGAAUAUGUACUCGCCUUCAUCCCAAAAUGAAAAUUGUCAUCAUUUAACCACCCUCAUGACAUUACA